AUAAUAAUAAUAAUAGUUUUGACAGCGCGUCCACAUGUUAAACAAGUCGCCCGAAUUCAAAAUGAUUCAAUAGGCGCCACAAUAAUAAACAAAUACUUCUAAUAAAUAUUUACUCAACAACAACAAGAAAUCAAUUCAAAAUAUUAAAUAUAUUUUGUUGAUUGUGUGUCAGGUGUCAAGUGAAUUAAAUACCGAGUGCAAUUGGAAAACCGAAACCAAACAACAAAUAAAAAAAAUUAAUUAUAACUAGACGAACGUAUAAAUCUAUUUUAUAGCAUUUUUAUAUAACUUACAACAGCGCCGGCUAAAGUGCAAUACCAAUUAAACUAUAAAUUUAAAAAAAAAAUAAAUUAUUUAAUUUAUUUGUUAAUAAACUUGCUUCGAAUUGCGUGCCAGCAAUUUGAACUCUAAUUAAUUUGUAUACGAGUGCCGCGUGUGCAGUUACUUUUAGUAGCUGCUGUAGCCGCCAAAAUUCUCACCGCCAGCAACAACCACAACAUGAACUCCUACUUCGAGCAGGCCUCCGGCUUCUAUGGCCAUCCGCACCAGGCGACGGGCAUGGCAAUGGGCACAGGCGGGCAUCACGAUCAGACAACGGCCAGCGCCGCCGCGGCCGCCUACAGAGGAUUCCCCCUGUCGCUGGGCAUGACCCCCUACGCCAAUCACCAUCUGCAGCGCAGCUCACAGGACUCGCCCUACGAUGCGAGUAUCACCGCGGCCUGCAACAAGAUCUACGGCGAUGCCGGCAGCGCCUACAAACAGGAUUGUCUCAAUAUCAAAGCGGAUGCAGUUAAUGGCUACAAGGACAUAUGGAACACGGGCGGCACCAAUGGCGGCGGCGGAGGCGGCGGUGGCGCCAACACAGCCGGCAACACAUCCAAUGGCUCCAAUGCGCCCAACGCUGCCAACGGACAGAACAAUGCGGGCGGCAUGCCCGUUCGCCCAUCCGCCUGCACGCCCGACUCCCGCGUCGGCGGCUACUUGGACACAUCGGGCGGCAGCCCUGUCAGCCAUCGCGGUGGCGGCAGCACUGGCGGCAACGGCAGCGCCGGCGGCGUAGCACAGAACUCAGCCAGCGGCGUGGGCGGCGGUGUGGGCGCGGCCACAGCUUGGAAUGCCAACUGCACCAUCUCCGGCGCAGCGGCGGCUCAAACGGCGGCCGCCAGCAGUUUACACCAGGCCAGCAAUCACACAUUCUACCCCUGGAUGGCAAUCGCAGGUGAGUCCACAGCCGACCCAAGCAAAAGUAAGAUAAGAUCUGAUUUAACACAAUACGGCGGCAUAUCAACAGACAUGGGUAAGAGAUACUCCGAAUCUCUUGCGGGAUCACUUCUACCAGACUGGCUAGGCACAAACGGGCUGAGGAGACGCGGCCGACAGACGUACACCCGCUACCAGACGCUCGAGUUGGAGAAGGAGUUCCAUACGAAUCACUAUCUGACGCGUCGGCGGCGAAUCGAGAUGGCGCACGCCUUGUGCUUGACAGAGCGACAGAUCAAGAUCUGGUUCCAGAACAGACGCAUGAAGUUGAAAAAGGAAAUCCAGGCGAUCAAGGAGCUCAACGAGCAGGAGAAGCAGGCGCAGGCGCAAAAGGCGGCGGCAGCAGCGGCCGCGGCGGCGGCGGUCCAGGGCGGCCACUUAGAUCAGAAUUAGAAUGAAUUAGUUUCUUUUUGCUUAGCCUAGCGUGCAGCAUUAAAAAAUAUUGUAACAAAUAAACCAUUUACUUAACUU